CGCUAUGCAUGCUGGGAGUUACAGUUUGUGCCACAUAUCUAAGUUUAUGCGCACAGACAGACGGAGCCGCAAGAUAACAUUCUUUACUUUCACUAUGUUUUCCUGGAAUUCGUAUUUGAUACUCGGAUACUGUCUGAACUGUUGGCUGUGGAAAUAAGUCAUUUGAUGAACUUUUGCCACUUCGUCGCGAAUGUUGAGCCGAAUGGUACAUUAGCUAGCACGGCUAGAAGAGUGCCUUCAGCUGUUUGACAAGCGCGACUGCUCACUGCGGGAUCUUCUUCAUCAUGAAUAACACCGGGCUCCUUUUGUUUUCGGCGUCGAGCUCUGUGCGGUCAGCAGUUCGUGGAUUUGGCUGUGCCCUGAUCAGAUAAACGCCUUGACGAUGCGUUAAAGCUAAAUCAUUGCCGCCGCCUUCAAAGAAUGUCCGACGUGCAAAGUUCCAGUUCAUAUUCGGCUUUGGAGGAUCCGCAAUGGCUGUGCAUGGUGACGCUUUUCGUUGCUUCCCUGGUGACUUUAGUGGUGUAUUUGGUGCAGUAUUUCCAGCAGCGAGCUGAUGCAGGGAGUGCACGGGCAGCAGUGCAGGACACUGCGGCGGUGCAGGAGCAGGAAGCGGCCGCUCUGCUGGGAUGGGCGCUGUCACUGAAAAGCUGGACGAGCCAGUGGAGAGCUGCCUGGUGCACAACUCUGAAUGAACAAUCAAGGAACUGUGGGGUAAGUCCUAAGUCUCAUGACCACCAAAGCACCCGGGCUGUGACAGGUGUGACUGCAAUAAAAGUGCAGCUUGCAGCCUGCUGCACCGUCACUGGAAAGAAGCUUCAGUUCUCUGUCAGUGCAACACCAACAGACGUGGGUGCAGGAAAUCCUUUGAAAUGCACCGUCAAUAUAGCUCCACUGGAGCUGCAGCUUGACCUCCAAACACAAGAAGCUGACGAUGAUGUGAAAAUACGUUGGAGAGUGUUGGAUCUUGACCUCCAAACACAAGAAGCUGACGAUGAUGUGAAAAUACGUUGGAGAGUGUUGGAUGUGAAUACAGAGCAGAUGCAGCUGACACCCACAUUUAUGCAGGACAGUAGUAACGCUUGCUGCGUAGCGGCAAUAAAGGAGCAGUUGAGUAAAUUACUACGUGCGACGCACCCAUCUCUGGUGCUGAGCUGCCAGUCUGCUCGCACCUCAGACAUCAAGGCUUGCAACAAAGUAGCUUCUCCUCCUAAACCUCCCCGUGCCCACGAAUGGAGGCUGCUGGUGAAAAACAUUCGGGUGGCGCUCAGUCCGGAGGAUGAUGCUGCAGGCAGCAUGAAUCCUGUAUGUGUACUGCAGUUAGAUGACCCCCCACAGAGGUUUAGCACCUCAGUUCUAAAGAACACAACCAAUCCAGGCUGGGACCAGCCAUUUAUCUUUGACUUGAAUGGACGAUCAAAAGAGCUCAAUAUUCAGCUGCUGAAUGAAGAACAACCUCAACAGAAUUCCUUGUUGGGUCAGGCGUUAGUGUCUUUUGAUCUGGUGAAGAAGCAGCCCAAAGGACAGCAAACUUUUGCACUCGUGACCAAAGAUGGAGUGGCUGGAUCACUUACUACUGAUUUUACCUACCUGGACCCCAGUGAGGUGAGGUCCUGGCAGCCACCCACCCCGGCCUCCGCAAAGCGGGUAGAGAUGGACCGAAAAGUCAUGCCAUGUGGCACAGUAGUCACCACCGUCACUGCAGUGAAGAGCAAACCAGGGCGAUCACUCCCUCCUCCCGGACUCAAUGCAGAUCCUUCACAGAAGGCUGCAGUCAACAAAUCCAAGCUGUCAGUGCGUCGAGUUUCAGAACAGCCGUCCAUGAUGGCAGCCACCGUCAGCAAAGCCUUGUCAUCUUCUGACACAGAGUUACUUUUGCUUAAUGGCACGGAUCCAGUGGCUGAGGCUGCUAUCCGACAACUCAAUCAGUCGGCCAAGCAGAAGCUCAAAUCUCCAGUGAAGAAGAGUACUAUAAUCAUCUCCGGCAUAGCCAAAACCCCCUUAUCUCAGGAUGAUGAGCUCGCGCUGAUGGCGGGCUACGCGGCAGCGAUGGAUGCCUCAAUGUCAGAAUGCAGCUCUACUCAGGAUGUGACUGAAGCUGUUGCGUCAGGGACAAGUAGCUCUCCAGAGUCAUCAGAGCUCCAGAAAGCCCCCAGUGGGACCGGCCAGCCUGCAGGUGACUGGGAGAGCCAGACAGGAGAGGAUGUAGACAACAGCUCCCUGUCCAUGUGUGUGUCAGAGGCCAGGUGUAAAAAGAGCAGAGGCAGCUUCCUUCAGAAGAGUGCUAAGCUCUUCUUCCGCCGCCGACACCAGCGUAAGGAGCCCGGAAUGAGCCAGUCUCACAAUGACCUGGUUUACUUGGAGUCGGCGGCUGCAGUGGACCGGGCCAGCCGAACAGCCACGCUCAGCCACAUGCUCAACCGCAGGCUGCUGUCCAAACAUAAGAGCAAUGCUAAUGGCUCUACCUCUGUGGGGGAGCCGCAUGCGUGACCCCCACACCUCAGACACUCCCACACCUUCACCUCAAACAUGCACUGGCAAACAACUUGGCUAAUACUAUCCUGAGAGACAGCUGUGCCUAUAGAGAAAUGUCCAUUUAACAUUUCACCAAGAGCAGAUGUGCACAUAAAGCUACCCUGAAGUCUGCUUCCAUUCAUGGCAUUUCACAGGAUGUUCUAUAGCAUGUGUCUUUUACUUGAUUUUAUGCAACAUAUUGAAAUCUUAAAGCGCUUUUAUGGCCUUUUUAAUGACAGAAUGGGCUGAGGUGGGCCUCACCUGACUUAGGGGAAAGAUGGAUCUGUACCUCCUGUAAACCGUAGCUUUCGUACGGUGGACCAAAGAUGAUCAGACGAGUGGUGUUCCUAUGACUUGCAAAGUUUUUGCAACUUUAUUUCCAGUGCAAUGACAAGAGCUACUCAUGUGAUAGAGAUUCUUCUCUACUUCUAAGUUGUGUUUAAAUCAUUCACAAAGGGAGAUGGCCAUCAGUGCAAGAUGGAUAUAAGUGGGAGAUAAUACUGCGAUAAUAUUUUGACACUAAUUUUAUCUAGACUCUGGAAAUGCAGUUGCAGACCCAAGUUUACAUACACCUUGAUAUAGAUAUAUAUAUAUAUAUAUAUAUAUAAAAUACUGUGAAGAAAAAGUGAAAACCCCUAUGUUGGAAUUGUUAUUUUUAAAUAGCUUUAUAUGGAAAUAAAAAUCUAAAUUUUGACUGACUUAACACACUUGUUUGCUAAAAUUGGAUAUAUGCAGAAAAUAGUUUUUAAGGUUUUAUCCAAUGUGUAUGUAAACAUUUGGCCCCAACUGUGUUAUUCAUAUCAAGUAUUCAACAUAUUUGUGACUUCAUUUCAGUUCUGUAGAAAUCUGAAGCCUGCAAAGUUUAAAAACAACAACAAAAGUUUACUGCAACAGCUGCUGAAAAUCUUGGGAAAGGUAUCAGUCUUACAUCUAACACAAGUCAUUAAUAAUGUACUUUACAUCGAUACAAAGUAGGGUAGUGACACCGUGGCAAAUGUUUCAAAUGGUAGAAACUUUACUUUUUGUCUUCCUAAAAAAAAAAAAAAAAAAAAAAAUUAAACUCCGUCUGCACACUGUUCUCAGCCAGAUGUUUAUUUAUCGAAAGGGAACCUAGUGAACUUUGUCCAGGAACUGUGAACUUAUUCUUGGCCGUAUGUGUUGCAGUGCUCACAGAUGAUGCUCUUUGCAAUCCUGCAUAUGAUUGGAAGGAAUCCUCAUUCUGCAGUUUGAUGUUACUGUUUUUAAAGGAUGUCACUAUGAGCACUUGAAUAUGACUAAGUGUGAACGUAUCUUUGGGAGUGACCAAAUAAAUAGUUGGUUUGAGUUUUGAGGGGAUUUUUUUUGUUUGUUUUCCAACCUAUCUUUUGAUUGUAUUUGUUUGUAAGCAACCUGUUUUUAUAUGUCACAUUAACUGCUGUUUCUUAAGUCGAUUAAUCAGAAUUAGGACUGCUGACAAAAUAGAACCAUAAUACAAACAAUGUCUGCAGAUUACUGUGAGAAUGCUGUCAGAAGUAGGACUUUAAAUACAGAUUAUUUUCUUUAUCACUAAAUCUUUUAACCCUAACCUACCCAAACAUUUAAUCGCAAUUGUGAUUGACAAAAAGGAUGACAAUGUAUUUCUAUAUAUGUUAUGUUAGAGGAAGUCAGAUAAAUGAUGGAUAUCACAAAAGUUUAAGUACAUCUGAUAAGUUUUUCUUUUAUUUUUUAAACAAAUAUUUUUGACUAAUGAUUAUUACAGAAUUGUACCUUCACAGCCCACACUUUAGGAAUCGCUGUUUUAUUCUGUAAAAUGUCAAAUGGGACAAGUGGCUUAUCUAAUGGUGGUCUCCCAUUCUCGAUUUCUGAUACACAGUGUUGAUAUUUAUACCCCCCCCCCCCCCCCCCCCAAAAAAAAAAAAAAAAAGAAAGAACAGUUGGGGCCUGAAAAUGGUUGUAAUCUGUGGUAAAAGUAGUGUUGAAGAACACUGUGAACAAUCAGAAAGGUUUUUAAUGUGCUUGAAAAACAUUUCUGAUGUCAGGUUAAAUAGUUUGUUUGUUUGUUUGUAAUUCUUUAUUCACAACAAAAUGCUGUCCACUAAAAAUGAAACACAUUUAAAACAAAAAUAAAACUCUUAAACCAGCACCAGGCUGUCACCCUGUACAUAAACAGGUAAUAAUCAAAUGACAUUCAUGUUCAUUCAAAAAGCCAACUUCGCAACUGUCUCUCAUUUUACAGAGCUCCUUAAUUUGCAGUGCAAGUCUUAAUAAGUGACUAUCAAAAUUAAGCUGCCAAAAGGCACACGCAUUAUUUAUAUCACAAUUAAAUUUAUACAUGAGAUAUCUCUUAUUAGCACCUACUGUAUCACAGAAUGGGUACCUAACAGUCCCAUACUGGUAAUGGUACUGACAUUAAUGCAUCACUUUGCAAGCAAGAGAUCAGUGCUCAUAGUAUUUGCAAGAUAUGGUAAAAUAUUACUAUGAGUAGUAUAUGGCACAUGCCAGACCUUCCGAAUAGCUUUUCUCCAUGCACAAUAAAUGGUUUCUAAUUCAUUUGAGUACAAAGGAAGAAUUUGGCUACCAUAAAAUGAAGUACAAUACUUGUGAAAUAAUUCAUUUCUAAUGAAAGCAUUAGCAUUUUUAAAAUCAGCAAAAAACACGUUACACUGACGAUUGACAUCUGCAAAACAUUUCUCAGUAGAUAAUUUAAAAAUAUCCUCGUACAAAUCAUGGCCCAGAUAAGUGACUUUAUCUUUUCUAGGUACUCUGACAUUAUUCACAAAAAUAACCGGAUCUGAAGGUCUAGCCUUUGUACAUUUGUAAAUAAUGACCUCACUCUUUUUUCUAUUGAACAUGGUGUCAAAUUCUCUGGCACAGUUUUCACAUGCAGUAAUCAUGUCCUGCAAGCCACUUAUACUUGGUGCCAAUAAUUUGAUAUCAUCUGCAUAGCUAAAAGCACCAGCAUAAACACUUCCCAUAUGACAACUAACUCCUAAAUCUUUCAAUUUGCUCAACAAACCAUCAACAUAAAUACAAAAUAAUACUGGGGUCAUAAUCCCACCUUGUUUCACACCAUUUGAGAUGGAAAAAUUGGGAGAAUGUGUAUUCUCCCAUCUUACUCUCAAUUUUUGACUAAGGUACAUAUUUAACAGAAAUCUGCAAUAUAUUGGACACAAACCUUUAUGUGUUAACUUCCUAAAAAGAUGACAGUAGAAUGAUUCGGUCAAACGCCUUGCUUGCGUCCAACAUGAGUCCAUAAACGUGAACCACCAUUGACAUAAUAUGACGCUGUUUCCACAACCAUUGCUGCACACAUGCUAGUUGACAAACCAUCUUUAUACCCAAAUUGUAAGUUACUGGUACAUAGCUUACAACUCUCUUUGACUAAGACAAUAACAUCAAAUAAUUUCAAACAACACUACCUAAGGUAAUGGCACAACAAUUAUCUGACACAGUUAAGUUAGACCACUUACCCUUAGGGACAGGAACCAUAGUGCCAUCUGACAUACCAUCAGGUGUGAAACCAUGCUUAAUCAUAGCAGUAUACAAAACAGAACAACAAAUAAUUUGUGACUACCAUAGAUAAUAUAAGAAGAGAGUUUUGAGAUGAUAAAUGAGGCACUUGUGAAAAGAUGUGGAAGUAGCAUUUUGCACAUGCGCACAAACAGUUGUGUAAUGUGAAUCGUGCAUACUCUGCUGUAUUCAACAAUAUUCAGUUACACUUGUAUGUAAGCCAAUGUAAAGUAUUAAGUAAUGCAAAUUUUGCCUACAGUUUUCAGAAAAAAUCAGGACCCAAUUUAUUUUUCUUCAUUUUGAAGUAGAGAUGAAAAUUGGGGCCAAAAAUUGUUAAUGGGAGAUCAUCCUAAGACUACAGUUUUUCAUUUUUUGUAAUCCAAGGACCAUAGACUUUUGUUUUUCCAAAUGACAUGAAGCUGCAAAUGUUGAAAUUUUUAUCACAUUAAGAUUUAUCAGACUGGUGUAUCAUUGUUACCUCCAAGGAGAUUCAGAUCAUUCUCGUUUUUAAGGCAUCAUUAUUCAUUGAUUUUUGGAAGAAGGAAAAAAAGUCUUGGUGUUCAAAAUAUGCCGUUAAAUGUCGGGCUGGAUUUGGAUAAAGGGUUUGAACUCAGAAACUUUUUGCACUUUUUAAUGGGUUAUUUCAGGUCUUGGUGGAGAUUUACAUUCUAAUAGACACCUUUCUUGUGUUUCAAUUGACCAAGUAAUCAAUAAACUUUGUUUCAGCAUCAAUCCUGGUAGACUC